CCACAGUUCAGGCGUCCGGAAGUGCCUGGGCCACAGGCUUCCGGUGAAGGUCGGGAAGGAUGGCGGUGGCCACCAUGUUCCCGGGUCUGGCACGGGUUUUACCCUUCUCUAGAUUGGGAGUCUUCUGGGGAUUAGGAACCAUGCCGUCACUGUAUACUCAGACUCUAACACAGAUGCUUGCUCUGCCAAGGCGCCACCUAGUGUCACCCUCGCUCAGCACGACAUCAUUCAGCCGUUUCUACAGAGGUGACAGCCCGACAGAUUCCCAAAAAGACAUGAUUGAAAUACCUUUACCUCCGUGGCAGGAGCGAACUGAUGAAUCCAUAGAAACCAAAAGAGCCCGGCUGCUCUAUGAGAGCAGAAAGAGGGGAAUGUUGGAAAACUGUAUUCUGCUUAGCCUCUUUGCUAAAGAAUACCUGCACCACAUGACAGAGAAACAGCUGAACCUGUAUGAUCGUCUGAUUAAUGAGCCCAGUAACGACUGGGAUAUUUACUACUGGGCCACAGAAGCAAAGCCAGCCCCAGAAAUCUUUGAAAACGAAGUCAUGACGAUGCUCAGAGACUUCGCUAAAAACAAAAACAAAGAGCAGAGACUGCGUGCCCCGGAUCUUGAAUACCUCUUUGAAAAGCCUCGUUGAGCUCUGCACCACUGCCUGCCACGGGGGCUCAGUCCACAGGCCCUAACAUGAUAGGCAAUGGCCUUGACUUCCUGCCUCUCCUUAGACAGCCCACCCAGACCAUUCGGCUUGCCUCCAAUGAUGGACCCAUCUCUCAGGCCGUGUAAAUGUUCAGUUUGACUCAUUCUGGCAA